AUGACCAUUGGCACCAACAAGAGCUCCAUCGAGGAGCUCAACAAGAACAUCGACGAUCCUAAUUUCAUCUCCCAAAACAAUCACAAUUUCUUGCAGUACAGCCAGGCUGACAUCGUCGAUGCCUACAAGGCCAAUGACGAGCAACGACAGACCUAUUUGGACGAGCUCAACAAGCUCAGGGACGAAAGAGACCCCUCCACAAACAAGUUCAAACGACCUUGGGAUUUUGAGAUUGUUCAGGGCUUUUUCAAGCAAUCUGACAACAGCACAGACGACUUACAGUUUGACUACAUCAAGGAAAACUUUGGUCUCAUAAAACCCACCUGGAAAUCUCUUAUCGACGAGAUCAACAACCUUAAUAACGACCCAGCACACUCAAACUUGGUCACCUAUAAGUUAAUCUUUUGUGCAAGACAUGGCCAGGGAUGGCACAAUUUUGCUAUCGAUAAAUAUGGUAUAGAGGCCUGGGAUAACUAUUGGUCUUUACUUGAUGGCGAUGGCAAUUUAACUUGGGCUCCUGAUCCUUUUUUAACUCCCAUUGGAAAAUCCCAAGCUAAAUCAAACAAUAAAGCAUGGCUAGAUCAGAUUAAUAAUCAUAAUUGUCCAACUCCUCAAGCUUUUUACUCCUCUCCGUUCACAAGAUCCUGUCAAACUCUUAUUGGUACUUGGGAAAAUAUCGUCGACUUGAAAAAUGACUCAACUUGUAACCCACUAAUUAAAGAGGACUUGAGAGAAACCAUCGGUCUACAUCUAUGUGAUAAGAGAUCAAACAAGACAACAAUCCUAAACCGUUUUGCCAAACAUGGUUUCAAAAUCGAACACAAUUUCCAAGAACAAGAUGUCUACUACAAAUCCGACUGGAGAGAACCUUUGUACCAGCAAUCCUUAAGAAUCAACAAUUUCCUAAACUACUUGUUUGAAAAAGACUUUGAUCUAGCCCCUUCCAAAAAGGACGUCUUUAUAAGCACCACAACCCACUCUGGAACAAUAAAGGCUUUCCUAAUUGCUUCAAACCAUCGAAACUUUGCCAUCAGCACUGGAGGCAUGAUUCCGAUCUUGGUCAAAGGCACAAGAAGAUCCGAUGAUCUAUAG